CUCCUUUCAUUUUACAGGUUGUUAUAUUGCUCUCUCUCUCUCUAUAUAUAUAUAUAUACAUAAUAUGCACUGAAUUUCAGUGUAACAGUUUAUUAUUAUAAGAUAUAAACACAGAAAAAAGAAAUAUUUUGCUAUUAGGACUAGGAGUGCUGUGCUUUGUUAUAUAUAUAAGCAUAUAAUUAAGGUUCAAAAUCAAGUCAUAGUACUUUGCUGCUGCUGCUGGUCAUGGGGCGUUGGGUUAGACCAGAGGUUUAUCCAUUAAUGGCUGCAAUGACCUUCGUCACAAGCAUGUGUGUAUUUCAGCUUACCAGGAAUGUGUUUAUGAACCCUGAUGUCCGGGUGAAUAAAGCUCACAGAAGCAUGGGAGUGCUAGAUAACAAAGAGGAAGGAGAGAAGUAUGCAGAGCAUAGCCUGAGGAGGUUCCUUCGAACAAGGCCCCCAGAAGUCAUGCCCACCAUCAACCACUUCUUCUCAGAAGACAAACACUAAUCAAUCAUAUUUAUUAAUUAAUACUCCUACGAUAUACCAGAUCAAAACCCUAUCAUUAUUAUUGUGUCUCAAUGUUUAUAUUUAUCAGAUACUUGUGUGCUUUAUUUAUUUAGUUAAAAAAAAAAAAGAUGGUCCAAAUAAAUUGUUUAUAUUUUUCCUUCCUUCCAUUUUAUUUUAUUUUUAUUGUUAUUAAAUAUGGGAUUAGCUGUUUCCCAUGUUCAUGUUGUUCCAGUUUUCUUUCCUUAUUUUUGUUUAUAUAUAAACAAAGUAAAUAAUAAUUAAGACA